AUGGCAGCUUCCUAUAUCAGAGCAAGGAGAGUUUGUGCCCGGCUUGUGGUUUACAGUAAGGCUUACAAUGGACAAGCCCUCGCACUGCAUCCUGGCACCAGGCUCUACUGCCUAGGCAGACAUCUGCAGGAGAAGUUACCAGAAAGACUGAAAGUUGGGAAAACUGCUCUGAGUGUUGCAUUUGUGCUGGGUGGAACCUUAGGAUUAUACCACACUGUCAGGCACUACCUGCAGCAAGAGCAGCACCGUGCUGAGCAGCAGUACACGGAGCAGACUCCCAGUGCUGGCCUGUCACUCACGCUGUACCAGUAUAAGACCUGUCCGUUCUGCAGCAAAGUUCGCGCAUUCCUUGAUUUCCACUCUCUGCCUUAUGAAAUUGUAGAAGUCAACCCAGUCCUGCGGAAGGAGAUCAAGUUUUCCAACUACCGAAAAGUUCCGAUUCUGAUCGGGGAUGAUGGAGAGAAAGUGCAAAUCAAUGAUUCCUCAGUUAUCAUCAGCGCUAUCAAGACAUAUUUACUGUCAAGGCACAGAAACCUAACUCAGGUGAUAUCGUACUAUCCAGAGAUGAAAUCCAAAAACGAGAACGGGAAGGAGGUGGUUGAAUACAACAACAAGUAUUGGGUGAUGCUGGAGGACCAAGAUGAAAAUCAAUUCUACCCUACCAAAGAGGCCAGGAAGGAGGAAAUGAAAUGGCGUAAGUGGGUAGAUGACUGGCUGGUUCAUCUCAUUUCACCCAAUGUCUACCGAACACCUGGAGAAGCCCUGGAGUCUUUUGACUACAUUGUGCGGGAGGGGAAAUUUGGAACUUUGGAAGGAUUUUUUGCAAAGUAUUUUGGAGCAGCAGCCAUGUUCUUUGUCAGCAAGAGACUUAAAUCUAGACAUAAUCUUCACGAUGAUGUCCGGCAGGAUCUGUACAAGGCGGUCGAUCAGUGGAUGGCUGCCAUUGGCAAGCACAGGCCAUUCAUGGGUGGAGAGUUGCCCAACCUUGCUGACCUGGCAGUCUAUGGUGUACUUAGAGUAAUGGAAGGUUUGAAGGCAUUUGAUGACAUGAUGGCAAAUACCAAGGUCAAGACAUGGUAUAAAAGAAUGGAGGAAAACAUCCAGAAAGGACAAAUGGUUAAGCAAUAAAUCGCUGCAGUAACCACUGAGAAAAUCAUGAAAUUCCAGUUGCAUUUUACUGCUGUUAACAGUUCAGUAGGAUGAUAGGAUCUGAUGUUAACGAGAGUACUGUAAGAUGUGUGGACAAAAGAAACUGUGCUUUAAGAACUGCAACCACAUAAACUCAUCCUCAGUUAUUCAAUGAUAUACAGAAAGAUUUAGUGCAGUGUUACAUUUAGUCUUUAAAUGUUGUUUGAAUCCAGUAUUGGGGAUUAGCCUGAUACCAGAAUAGGAAUUGGUAAAUGGAAUCUCAUUCUGUUUUGCUUUAAACUCCAGUUUCAGUACCUUAGUGGAUGUAUGCAUAUAGGGUUUCCACAUUGAUGACAGGACAAAACUACUUGGCAUCAAUGCUGCAAAGUAUAAAUGAAACUGAAAAGGCACUUGAAACGAAGACCUGCAGAAAUAAUAAAGCAAUAGCUUAAAAAAAACAAGUUUAUCAAUUAAGCAGUGCAGUGUCUGUGAGAAUUAAGUAAAAAGCAUAGUUAAAAACUAGAUACCUCAAAUAAAUACAGGACCUACUGGUCAUACACAGCAAAUUCCAAGGAGAUAACAGACAUUAUUAAUGAUUCAGGUAAAAACCAUAAAAUAUGAGCAGCAUUAAAAUAGGAGCAAAACAAGAAGGAAGCAUAUAAACAUGAAUAAUCCAACAUCCAUUUUUUUCCGUCCCUUUUAUGAUUUGAUUUAAAUAUUGUUUGUUUUACAGUUCUAAUGAAAGGUUACAUCUAAAACAAUAAUUUACGAUCAGGAGAGCUAUCUGUGUUCCUGGCCAGCAUUUAUUCCUCAGACAGGGGCUCGGUGGUUCGCACUGUUGCCUCACAGCACCAGUGACCUGGGUUCGAUUCCAGCCUCGGGGGACUAUCUGUGUGGAGUUUGCACAUUCUCCCCGUGUCUGUGUGGGUUUCCUCCCACAAUCCAAAGGUGUGCAGGUUAGGUGAUUUGGCCAUGCUAAAUUGUCUGUAGUGUUCGGUGCAUUAGUCAGAAGGAAAUGGGUCUGGGUGGGUUACUGUUCGGAGGGUUGAUGUGGACUUGUUGGGCCGAAGGGCCUGUUUCCACACUGUAGGGAAUCUAAUAAAAUAUUACCCUGGUCAUUUUCAAAAUGCUGUUUGCGAAAGCUUGAGAGUAAGUUGGCUGUCGCAUUUCCUAUGUAAUAUUUCUUGUGUACUUUGGCUGGAAAGAGCUUUUGGAGUGUCCUGAAGAGCCAAAAGGUACAAUGUAAAUCUUGCCUUCCUUUAUAAGAACCCACUUGGACUCACCCUGAAAAUUACUGAGGAAGAUAUCAGUAGAUUUGCAUCUGCUUAUAAAUUCUGGCUGCAACAAAGAGGGGAAGGCACAGUUAUCAGGGUAUGAAAAGUCAACAGGCAACCAAGUAUGAUGACAAAAUGCUGGUUGGAAGAUUGAUUAUUUUCCAUUUAUCUGCAUGGCAGUCGUUUGACAGGUUACACAGAAGGAGAAAGUGGGGACUGCAGAUGCUGGAGAUCAGAGUCGAGAGCGUGGUGUUGGAAAAGCACAGCAGGUCAGGCAGCAUCUGAGGAGCAGGAGAAUCGACGUUUUGGGCAUAAACCCUUCAGCAGGAAUGAGGCUUAUGGGCCGGGGGCUCUGAGAUAAAUGGGAGGAGAGUGGGGUUGGGGGAAUGCAAUAAAGGUUGAAGGUAGAUGAAGGAGAGGGAGAAGGUGAUAGGUCAGAAAGGAGGGUGGAGUGGAUAGAUGGGAAAGGUGAUGGACAGGUCAGGAGGGCAGUGCUAAGUUGGAGGCUUGGGACUAGGAUAAUGUAGGGGGAGGGGAAAUGAGGAAACUGGAAAUCCAUACUGAUCCCAUGUGGUUGCAGGGUCCCAAGGUGGAAUAUGAGGUGUUUUUCCUGCAGGUGGUAAGAGUUUGGUGAUGGAGGAGGCCCAUGACCUGCACGUCCUUGACUGAAUGGGAAGGGGAGUUGAAGUGGGACGGUGAGGUUGGUUGGUGCGGGUUUCCCAGAGACGUUCUCUGAAUCAAUCUGCAAAUAGGAUUCCUGGCUCCCCAAUGUAGAGGAAACCACACUGGGUGCAAUGGGUACAGUAGAUUACAUAAGUGGAGGUACAAGUAAAUUUCUGUUGGAUAUGGAAGGAUCCUUUGGGGCCUUGGAUGGAGGUGAGGGUAGUGGUGUGGCUGUAGGUUUUGCACUUCCUGCAGUGGCAGAGGAAGGUACCAGGAGCGGGCUGUGGGCUGGUGGGGGUAUGGACCUGAUGAGGGAGUCGUGGAGGGAAUGGUCUCUUUGAAAUGCUGAUAGGGAUGGUGAAGGAAAUAUAUCUCUGCUGGUGGGGUCCAUUUGUAGGUGGCGGAAGUGGUGGAGGAUGAUGUGAUGUAUGUGGAAGUUGGUGGAGUGGAAGGUGAGGACUGGGGGUUUCUGCCCUUGCGUUGGGAGGGGUGGGGUUCAAGGGCGGUGGUGUGGGAAGCGGAGGAGAUGCAUUGGAGGGCAUCAUCCACCAGAUGGGAAGGGAAAUUGCGAUCUUGGAAAAAAGAGGCCGUCUGGGAUUUUCUAAGGUGGAAUUGGUCAACCUGGGAACAUGCGGAGGAAUUGAGAAUAAGAGAUGGCAUUUUUAUGGAGGCAGGGUGGGAGGAAGUGUAGUCUAGGUAGCUGUGGGAGUCUGCGCUUGGAGAAGAUGUCUGUGGUUAGUCGGUCACUGGAGAAGUUAAACAGAAUAUUUAAUACAUUUAUGAUGUCUUCCUCAAUCUGUUUCUCUUUUGCUUCCCUUUCUUUUGUAAAUAACUGUUUUAGGCUUUUUUUUUUGCUGAAGCUGUGCCCUUUUCACUUCUCUGUAGCAAGUGGAAGUGAAUUUAUUGGUUUGAGGCGAGCAAGUGCCUCAGACUCUGACAGGAUGUAUUAGAUUACCUUUCUUUUGUCUUAAAUGUUCCUUUCUCACAAGAGUUGGUGAAAUAGAAUUUCUUAAAAUAAAUCUUGGUAGGGUUUUAGUGGUUAGAGGGGUUCCCUGACUACAGAUUUCUAUCUGGAUGAUGUAAGUAGUAUUUAAUAAAAAGUAUUAAGAAUUUUAA